AUGGAAGAAAGCAAUCAAUCGCGUUACGUCAAGUUAUCUAAAAAUCAAACCACCGCCGAAGAUAUCAUCCCCGGUGAACUCAAUCAACCAAUCGAGGUUCCUCAGUUGGCUGUUCGCAAGUGCUCUGAAUGUAGACAGCCAUUACCUGAAAGCUAUGCACCUCCUGCAGAUGAACCUUGGAUGACUGGUAUCUUUGGAUGUGUAGAGGACCGCCAAAGUUGCUUGACUGGACUCUUCUGUCCCUGUGUAUUAUUUGGACGCAAUGUAGAGAGCUUGAGGGACGACAACACUUCUUGGACAAGGCCAUGUAUUUGUCAUGCCAUUUUUGUCGAAGGUGGCAUUUCCUUGGCUUUAGGCACUGUCAUUGCAACCUCCUUCAUUUCUGGCAUUGACCCGGGGACAACAUGCCUUAUUUGUGAGGGUUUAUUUUUUACGUGGUGGAUGUGUGGCAUUCACACUGGUCAAGUUCGGCAAACGUUACAGAAGAAAUAUCACCUGAAGAAUUCACCUUGUAAUGCAUGCUGUGUGCACUGCUGCUUGCACUGGUGCGCCUUGUGUCAGGAGCACAGGGAGAUGGAGGGAAGGCUCUCGGACAAUAGUUUUUCAGAAAUGACCAUUGUAAACCCCCCUCCCAUUCAAGAGAUGAAGUCUACUGACGAAAAAGAGAAUGUCGAGCCAUCUUCAGCUAACAACAAUGAACACAUUACUUUGGAGAUGCAGGCUAUAUAA